AUGGACCGCUUCUGCGACGGCGACGCCUCCCUUCGGGCCCACAUCCAGAAACACGUCGAACUCCUUGACACUGAUGCCGCAGCAGACGAGGUACUGGCAUCCAGAUUGUUGCGUGCAAGCGCAGGCAUGUUUGCAAAUGCAAAGGCACAGCAAAAAGACGUCACGCAUGCCUCGCGGAGGCUGCUUUCACGGCCUUUUGCGGCGAUUCCGGAAAUCAAGGAGGUGCAGGAUUUUUUUCUCUUGCAGUCGGGGAGUAUCUUGAAGACAAUCAACAACAGCAAUGUGUUGCAAGGCAAGUUCAGAGACUUCUGCAAGGGGCGAGCCAUGAACAUGACGUUCAAGAUGCAUCGGUUCAAUUCCAUGUCCAAACCGGCCAGCCGGUUUGUCUUGGAAUUUGAUGCUGUCCUCCUGACAGCCAUCUGGGGUUCGAUUCAUCGCGCCUGCCCGACUUGCAAAGAAUUCCUUCAGUUUGUCGACGAGAAGAGGUUGGUGUUGUUUGCAAUGUGUACUGACGUGGCAGACGAGGGGAUGGCCCUCACCCGCCUCAGUGACAGCGAAAACUACGACAUAGCAGAGAUGAACCUCGAGUGCACCGCAUUCCUCUCGCGAUUGAAAUUCCUCUUCCUCGAGGCGAACGUGAUCGAUUCCCCGGGGUACACGCGCUUUAUGAUAGAGGCCUUGAACAAGAACCGCGGCUUCCUCUGCGAAGGGACACCCAAGUCCGUGGGCGGACCCGGAAAAGUGACUGCAGCUCUGGUCUCAGAGUGCUUGGGCGUCAUGUCAACCUACGUGGCUCUUUGCGCAAAGACAAUGGCGGCGGAAUAUCCGAAGCACAACUUGGUCGCAUCCUUCGAGCCCUUUGAUCUUUCAAAAGCUCGGCGCUCCAAGGGUGAGGACACGGUCGAGAUGGUGGAGGCAGGCCUCACUCGCCUGGCGCAGGUCUUCUCCUUGGACAAGGACACCCUGAUGCGCCAGUUUUACGACGUGCGGCCGUACGCGAUGCAUCAGGCGGCAUGUUACGGCAGCAGCUCGUUCGAUUCAUGGCGUGCUGCCUUUGAGAAAAUCAAUGCGCGACCCAGCACUCGGGCAGCGCACCCGACAGACGCACUGCUCCCCGUGCUGGUGCGCUACGGAUGUUUCAAUGGCUGCACGACAUCUGGGGUGGAGCAGCUCUUUUCGAGAAUGGCAGC